UCCUUUCCCACUCGCGCUGGAGCGACGGGUUGCUGUCUAUUCAAGAUGUCGGCGGUGUGUGUGUAUUCCAUGUGUGUCCGGGCGAGCCGGGGCCUCCUCAAGCUCAGGACUGAAGUGUCGGCUUCAGCAGCCGCGGGUUUAGUGAGAAGAAACCUGUCCGUUGAGCCGGGGAAAGGGAACGAGAGCAGCGGGGCCACAGAGGGUCUGGCUCAGGCUAUUCUACACCAGAGACUGCAGGGUCAACCUCCUCCUGUAGGGGAGGAAAACUCUGACCAGCAGCAGGAUGAUCAAAGCAAGGACAAGAAGCAAAAGGAGAACACAGCAUAUGCAAAGAAGGUGGUGCUUCGCUUGGCGGGGCUUAUGGGACUUGGUGGCGCAGUCGGCGUGGUCUACAUCUUCGGUAGCAACUCAGUAGAUGAACAUGGAAAUAAGAUAGCAGAUGAGUUUGAUAAUGAGGGACCCAUCUUUCAGCAGCUUAAGAGAACAUACAAGUAUUUCAAAGAUUACAGACAGAUGAUCAUCGAACCCACAAGUCCGAAGCUUCUCCCCGACCCACUGAAGGAACCGUAUUACCAGCCACCGUACACCCUGGUGCUAGAGCUCACUGAUGUUCUCCUUCAUCCCGAAUGGUCGUUGGCUACAGGCUGGCGUUUUAAGAAGCGGCCGGGCAUCGAGUACUUGUUCCAGCAACUAGCGCCACUUUAUGAGAUUGUCAUCUUCACAUCAGAAACUGGCAUGACGGCGUUUCCGCUGAUUGACAGCAUCGACCCCCAGGGCUUCGUCAUGUACCGCCUCUUCCGGGAUGCCACACGCUACAUGGACGGCCAUCACGUCAAGGACGUGUCUUGUCUAAACAGAGACACUUCUAAAGUAAUCAUAGUGGACUGCAAGCGAGAGGCCUUCAGCCUGCAGCCCUUUAACGGCAUGGCACUCCGCAAGUGGGACGGCAACUCAGAAGACCGCACUCUCUAUGACCUAGCUGCCUUUCUUAAAACAAUUGCGAUGAGCGGUGUGGAGGAUGUGCGUACUGUCCUGGAAAACUACGCCCAUGAGGAAGACCCCAUUGAGGCAUUCAAAAGGAGACAAGCACAGCUCGCACUGGAGGAGGAGCAGAGGCUGACGGAUGUUUCUCAGCAGAAGAAACAGGGCUUAUCUUUAGGUUCCAUCGCAGGCCGUUUCUGGUCCCGCAAGCAGCAAUGAAGGUCGUCCUCACUGAAGGCUGGUACUUCUGGACCACCCUGGGCAGUGACUGGUCAGUGGGCAAAAGCCACGGUCACUGGGCAGGUGGUACCCCUAGCUGCGUGGGAGGGAGGUUAAGAAGGGGGGGAAAACAUCCAGUUCCUUCCACUGAACUCUUGCUGCCAUGGCUGGAAAGGGAAGCCAGGAACUCCAUAAAGACUUUUAAUAUCUGCGUGCUGGUGAAGGCAUUCUCUGGACCGAACACGGCCUACAGCAUGCUUUCCUCCGAUCUCAGUUGUUGUGUUUAUGUCUAACAAUUCGUUCCAAAGGUCUAAAUACCUGGACCAAGUUUUCUCCACUCCUUAGCUCCUUUUAUUCUUUUCACUUGUAGGGGAAAAUCUAUCUAAUGAGCCACACCUUUUAUCAGACACAAUCGGUGCUCACUAGAAGAGUCUCCUUAUCACAGUUUAGUGCUACGUCAUGAGCACUGAUGAGGUGUGGCCACUCUUAGGAGUUAUGUACCAGAGUUGUGUACUCAUGCUGCUGUAAGAACUGUGUGUGUGUCACAGCACGCCGGAUUGUAGUUCAUAUUAAAUUGGGUCAUAUCAGUUGAUGAGAUUGACACAGUGCCAUUUCUGUUUAUAACCCCAAUGGUACACUACAUCUAAUGUGGUUGUGUAGUGCAUUUAAUGUGAACUGCUUAAAUGACCUUCAAUAAACGAUUUAUGUCUGACUUUCUAUAA